AUGCUGGCAUUUGCCUCGCAUUGGCUGCCGUAUCGCCUGCUGCUUCUUGCAGCACUGGGCCCGGGCAGAACGCAGGCCUCUGGCUCCUGCGGCAAUGUGGCUGCGAGCUACAGUUCUUCCUUGCUGCAGACAGGUGCUGCAGCUGAAGAGCUCCAGCGAGUGCACGCGAGACACAGAUCAACAUUACAAGCUGCAUUGUCGCUGACAGACUGGGUGAGCUUGGUCCUGCUCGUCUCGAUCAUCGCCUUCGUGAUCUACUUGCUGUGGAACUCUUCUCGAGCUCCGCCGGAGCCGAGAAAGGAUGCCGUCGGCAGCCAGGUAAUGCGCGAGGAGCACAGUGGCUAUUCUCGCAGAGGUGGGCAGACUUGCUGCUGA